AUGUCUAAUCAAGUAUCAACUCGAAUACAAGCAGAAGCAAUCCAUGAGUUGGAAAUUGACAUGCCUCCGGGAACGGAGUUAAUGAGAGAUACAACACACAUUCACCUCACAAAAAGCCACAAUAGUGUUCUAGUCCCUCAACCGUCCAACGAUAUAAACGAUCCUUUAAAUUGGUCCAAAAAAUGGAAGUUUAUAUUGAUGGUUGGCCAGUUUUUAACGGCAAUGGUUCACCAGAUAGGUGGUCUCUCCGUAGCUCCCCAGGUCCCUUACUAUAUGGAAACCUACGACCGGUCUCUGAACGAUGUGUUGAAUUUCAUUGGUAUUUAUAUUAUUACUACUGGCCUGUCAACAAUUUUUUGGGUUGGUGCUAGUACUAAAGUCGGGAGACGACCGAUACUGUUGACCAGUUGUGGUCUUGGUAUCUUUGUCGCAUUAUGGAGAGCUUUGGCUACCUCUUAUCGAUCGCAAAUGGCAGCGGCUGCAAUCCAUGGUAUAGCAUCUGGUCCAGCACAAACUGUCAGCGGGCAGCUGGUAUCAGAUGUCAUGUUUCUGCACGAACGUGGAUUGUAUAUGGGCCUCUUUUCGUUCGCUUUCUUUGCUGCUAUGACCAUAGGACCCGUAAUCGCAGGGGUGAUGUCAGAGCGCUAUGGAUGGAGAAGCUUUUGGUGGCUUGAUUUCGGCCUGUACAUCUUUCUUUUUGUCUGGACACUCUUUCUAAUCCCGGAGACAAAAUGGAAUAGGUCGAACAAUGUCAUGGAGAAUUCUCCUGAUGGUGUGACUGAAGUGUCUGUGAAGGGUUCAGUUGACAAUAGCAUAGAGAAGGUUACAUCAUUGAAUGAGGACAUUAUUAUUGUAGAUGAAUUUCUCUAUAAAGGAAGUCCAUCAAGAAAACAGUUCGGAAUAUCCCAUCUUGAUAGAACGGCUAGGAAGCGGGAUAUGCUUAGACCAUUUUGGGUUCCUUUCAAACUAUUCUUCUUCCCGAUAGUGCUAUGGGCUGGAUUUGUUUACAGUGGCAGUGCCAGUAUAUUUCUUGUUGUCAACCUUACCCAGUCCGAUAAUUUUGCGGCGUCCCCUUAUAAUUUCUCGUCUUCUUCGGUUGGGUUCACUAAUUUUGCAACUUUAGGUGGUAUUUUUAUAGGGUUAGUUACUUCUGGACCAUUAUCAGAUUGGCUUUGUAGGUGGUCCACAAAGAGAAAUAACGGAAUCAGAGAGCCAGAGAUGCGAUUGCCUGCCCUAAUCCCUUUUGCUCUUUGUCAACUAUUGGGUAUCGUCAUAAUAGCUCUUGGAUACGAAUAUAAAUGGAAGUGGCCAAUAAUAGUUAUUAUUGGCUAUGGCUUAGUCGGGAUUCAAGUAGCCAGUGUUACUACUAUUGCGGCUACUUAUGCAGUUGAUGGUUAUCGCGCUGUUACAGGAGACAUUUUUGUUCUAGCAUCGCUAAUCAAGGAUCUUUAUGCCUAUGGACUCUCUAAAUGGCUACCAACUUGGAUCCAAGAGGUCGGUUACAAAACACCUAUAUUAGUUGCUCUCGCUGUAGCUUUUAUACCGAUUCUACUGGGUGUAUUGUUGUAUUUCUUCGGGAAAUCCCUUAGAAAACUAUCAAGAAAUAGUUUUGUUCAUGAUUUUUAA